GCCAGGGUCCAAUCCAAGAAUAAAAAACGGAAAAUUUGUUACGUUUCAACUUAAUACUACUACUAGUCAAGAUACAAACUUUCAAACUGAUAUUUGCAGCAGAAUGAUCAUCACUAAAGUUCUAACAUUCCAUUCUAUUAUAGGAUCAUGAUUUCUGAGCAUACAUAUUUCAUUACAAGAAUGUAACAUCACUCUGUCGAAAUUUAAGUUUUAAGUCAGUUAUAUUACUUGAGAGCCAAUAUGAAUUUUCAUGCCCAAACUUACAAAGCAGGUAAAUAUCUUUUGCUUUGGCCUUCUCUAAAAAUCUUGCUUCUCCUAUUCAAGUGCCUUAUUGGAGCUCAGGUUGCCUACAGUUUCCAAAAUACAAGUGUUGGCGUGGUAAUUGAUGCCAAUUCAGAGGUUGGAAAACAACAGAAGAGAGCCAUGCAUAUUGCAGCUCAAACUUUCAAUAAUAACUCAAAGAAUCACAACAACAUAAUCCUUUUCUUCCACGACUCUGGUGGAAUCCCUUUACAAGCAGCUUCAGCUGCUGAAGAACUAAUCAUGAAGAAGAAAGUUAAAGUGAUUGUUGGCAUGGGGACAUGGCAAGAAGCAGCUCUAGCUGCUGACCUUGGAAACAAAGCUCAAAUUCCAAUUAUUUCAUUUUCUUCUCCUUCAAUAGUCCCUCCUUUAAUGCAACAUCGUUGGCCUUUUUUGAUUCAAAUGGCUAAAGAUCAGGCUGCACACAUGAACUGCAUAGCAGAUAUUAUCCACGCGUACAACUGGCAGAAGGUUAUAGCUAUAUAUGAAGACAACCCUUAUAGUGGUGAUUCUGGAUUGUUAAGCCUCUUUUCCGAGGCUCUCCAAAAGGGUAACGCGCAGAUUGAGAACCGAUUGGUUCUUCCACAUUUCACUUCUUUAUCUGAUCCAAAAGGGGUUGUUCUUGAUGAAUUGCUUAAGCUGUUGCCACUAAAAUCUCGUGUUUUUGUUGUACUUCAAGCAUCAUUCCCUAUGGUAACUCACUUGUUCAGAGAAGCCAAGAAGAUUGGAUUCUUGGGGAAAGAUUCGGCUUGGAUAAUCAACGAGGGGAUCACAAGUAUGUUGGACUUUGCAAAUAAAUCUGUUUUAUCCUCUAUGGAAGGUACUUUAGGAAUCAAAACCUACUAUUCUACAAAUUCUACUGCUUAUACUCAUUUGCAGGAAAAUUUCCAAUCUGAGCAUGCUGAAACAGCAGGCACUAAACCAGGAUCAGAUGCAUUACGAGCUUAUGAUAGUGUUAUAAUCAUUACAGAGGCCUUAGAGAAAAUGAAUAGAAAAUCUAGUAACUCAAAGCCAAGGGUGUUCUUGGAGAAAAUUUUAUCUAGCAAUUUUAAUGGUUUAAGUGGUAAUAUAAGAUUCCAAGGAAGUCAUCUAUCCAACACUGCAGUAUUGAGAGUCAUCAAUGUGGUUAAUAGGGAAUACAAGGAAUUGGACUUUUGGACCCCAAAAUUCAAGUUUGCUGGAUCUCUUGAAAUACUGAAAGACAGAGAGACAAGGGGUGAUUAUGCUACAAAUAACUUAGCUGGCCCAGUGGUUUGGCCAGGAGGCCUAAUUUCUGCUGAUCCUAUUGGAUGGAAAAUGCCUACGGAUACAGAACGUUUAAAAGUGGCAAUUCCCACAAACCCUGCUUUUGUUAAUUUUUUGAAGGAAGACUCCCAAAAGCAAUAUAGUGGUUUCUGUAUUGAUCUUUUCCACGAGGCACGGAAAAUUCUGAGUGACAAGUAUUCUGGGAUGCCUUAUGAGUUUCACCCCUUUAAUGAAUCCUAUGAUAAACUUCUACAGAAUGUCAUAAACAAGUCCCAUGAUGUUAUUGUAGGAGAUGUAACAAUACUUGCUGAACGAUCAAAGGAUGUGUGGUUCACUCAGCCAUACACUGAGUCAGGCUUAUCACUUAUUCUUCCAAUAGAGACUGAAGGGUCAGCAUGGUUGUUUAUGAAACCUUUUAGCUCGGAAAUGUGGAUCGCAACUAUUGGAAUCCUCAUCUACACAAUGUUUAUCGUAUGGUUCCUGGAGCAUCACUUGAAUCCAGAUUUUGGUGGACCAUUGAAAAAUCAGAUCAGCACAACACUGUGGUUUGCUUUUUCUUCUCUAUUUUUUGCUCAUAAGGAGAAAAUAAACAGCAACUCUGCACGAGUAGUAGUUGGUGUAUGGCUAUUUCUUGUGUUUGUUCUAACCUCAAGCUACACUGCCAAUCUUUCGUCAUUACUUACUGUCAAACGAUUGAAAUCUGGAAGAGAUGUUGAGUGGCUAAAGCAAAACAACUUAUCAGUUGGUUGUGAUAACAGCAGUUCGUUUGUAAAGAACUACAUGAUAAAUGUGUAUAAUUUCACACCACAGCAAAUAAUAGAGGUGGAUGGUGAACAUGACAUUGUGGAUAAAUUCAAAAGCAAAAAUAUUUCUGCCCUCUUUCUUGAGAGCCCGUAUGAGAAGGUUUUCUUGAAUAAGUACUGCAAGGAUUACACUGCAAUUACAGCUACCUAUAAAUUUGGAGGACUGGGCUUUGUAUUUCAAAAAGGAUCUCCCAUGGCAAAAGACUUUUCUGAAGCCUUUUUAACACUAGCGGAAAAUGGAGCACUAAAAACUUUGGAAGAGAAAUGGUUGACCCCUUCCAAGGAAUGCUCAAACGGCUCAACAUCUCCAGAAACUGAGAGCCUGACCCUCCACAACUUUUGGGGUCUCUAUAUCAUAUGUGCUGCCAUAUCCACCAUAUGCUUUGUGAUGGCCUUAUUGAAAAAUCACUUAAAUAAGCAUAACCAUAUUGAAGAGGAAGAUCAACAUCAAGACAGUGCAACAGCUGAUGAUGAUAGUGUUUGGAAGAAAGCACUCAGAAUUGGUACAGGCUUUUACAAUAAUGUGAAUAACAAAACUUUAGGUAGAGCUGCAACUUUUGGUGGAAUGCAGCUUACACGUCGCCGGAAUUCCUCAAGAUGGCAGAGCAUAAGCACUUCUGAUGAUGUGGCUAAUCCACAGAGUUCUCAAUCAGCAGUCAAAGAUAUGCUGUAAACUACUACUAAUAUGGUGUAGUCUGCAUAGUUGACAUAUAACCUUGUCCCUUGAAUAUGUGGUCAAGGAUUCAAUCUAAGUUUGUGUGUAUGGAAAAAUCUAAUCCGGAUCAGUUGGGGUUACUUUGCUCCUGAGCCUUAAUUUCAAACAAUUUCAUGAAAUAGCAACUAACAAGUGCUGCUUUCCUACAUUGCUCCAAGAGUCGACAUUGAGAAAGCAACAUAGUUUUUUGCGUUCAAGAAAAAUUGCAUUCCAUUGAACAUAGUCUAAGCCAUUUUAUAGCUUUACAAGGAAAGUAGAUAAAAGGAAAUAGCAGCGCACGACUUAGAUUCUUAAGAGUUAAGAUCGUGCGUGGUAUUUGACUAAGUUCAAAAAGAGAAAAAGAACAACCAACUAAUUAAUCCCUUAAUAAUAGGGAUUAUUGAACGACUACUAAUCCUACCACAUAAUCGUCAGUCAGCUACUUGGUAUGGCUAGUGGGAAUGUACAAUAAUAAUAAUAAUAAUAGAGACUACUGAAACAAUAGUGAAACCGUGAAGCAAAUCCUAAACAAAACACGUUGAGGCAGUAAGCCCUAAUUACUAAGAAACUUGAACAAUCAUAACAUGCUGUUGCUAGAUUUAAUUUGGCGGCGGAGGCGGUGCUCGGCUUCUAGGAUAUGGCGGCUUAAUUUGAAUGGGUCCAUUAGGUUUCGGAGGCGGUGGAGUCGGGAUCCUGCGUUUAAUUGUCUUGACCUGCAGCAUGUGAGGGUGAGGGAAAUUCAACAAUGACCUGUGAUCAGAAUCGGAAGCAUUGGUUAUGAAACUAAAAUAGGAAA